GUUACAUAAAGGUGGUUACAGCCAACUAUGGGCGAACUGACCACACAACAUGCUCCGCUGGAAGAUCACUUCAUCAGCUCUCAAACACUGACUGCUUCCAAGAAACCUCAGUUCAUGUGAUGUCCAUUAGAUGUGAUGGAAGAAAGAGCUGUUCCGUUCCUGCGGUGAACUCAGUUUUCUCUGACCCUUGUGUUGGGACUUACAAAUACCUGGAUGUGUCCUAUUUGUGUCUCCCAUUUAGAAGAAGUGUCACCUGUGAAGGCAGCCAAAGUCUCAUUGACUGUGGUAAUGGUGUGAUUUGGAUUCAUCAUGCCAAUUAUGGACGGCGGGAUCUUGUAACCUGUGCUCAUAAAUUAGCAACUACAUCAGACUGUUACUCUCCUCAGACCCGCAGCCUUCGUUCUAGCUGCAAUGGGAAGAAGUCUUGUCAAUUAAACACCUCAAAUCCUUCAUUCUUCUCCGAUCCAUGUCCAGAUGUCCAUAAAUACUUAGAAGUGAUGUACAGCUGUAUAUAAUGUUGUGAGUAUCCUGGUAAAUAAA